UGCAUGUCAUCUGCACAUUUAAUCAAUGUUGAUUUCAAAUGUAUUGCAGGCUCCAAGCACCGAGGCCGGGGCCCCCUGGUUCCUCCUGCCCCAGACCCCCACCAGCUCUUCGACGACACCAGUGCUGGCUUCCCGCAUUCACAAGGGGCCCCUGCCUCAGGAAUCGAUAUGGGCUUCAAUACCCUUCUGACUGACCCAGUGGCCAAUGUGGCCGUGGCCUAUGGGUCCUCCAUCGCCAGCCAGGGAAAGGACAUUGUCCACAAGGAGAUCCACAGGUUCAUGUCUGUGAACAAACUCAAGUAUUUCUUCGCUGUGGACACUGCCUAUGUGACCAAGAAGCUGGCACUGCUACUCUUCCCCUAUGCACACCAGAACUGGGAGGUUCGGUAUAGCAGGGACACACCCCUCACCCCCCGGCAGGACAUCAACGCACCCGACCUGUAUAUUCCCAGCAUGGCUUUUAUCACCUACAUUCUCUUGGCCGGCAUGGCCCUUGGUCUGCAGCAAAGGUUCUCUCCGGAGGUGCUGGGCAUGUGUGCCAGUACUGCCUUUGUGUGGGUUGUUAUUGAAGUCCUCGCCCUGCUGCUCAGUCUGUACCUAGUGACGGUGCAGAGCGACCUCACGCCCUUCGACAUUCUGGCCUACAGUGGAUACAAAUACGUGGGGAUGAUCCUGGCUGUUCUGGGGGGACUGCUCUUUGGCAGUGAUGGGUAUUACGUGGCCUUUGCCUGGACAUCCUGUGCCCUCAUGUACUUCCUGGCACGCUCCCUGCGAAUGAAGCUGCACCCAUCACUGGCACCAGAUGGGAUGGGGCAUCCCAGGGGCAGUGGGCGUGGUCAGACCUAUGUCACCCUGGGGGCUGCUGCCUGCCAGCCACUCAUCGUCUACUGGCUCACCUUCCACCUGGUCCGUUGAGAUGGGGGGCAGUGCGGUGCCCGGGGGGCAGUCCGUCCUGGACUCAUGGACUCCUGGGACCUCCCCAGACAUACAGGCACCCAGGACUCUAUCCUCCAAUGCAUGGCCACCUGGGACCACACACAUCUCUGAAGCCUGGACAACUUGGGGGUUGGCAUCCAAAACUCCAGGGUUCUGUCCCCAGCUGGCUGGGUAACCUGAGGUGCAUCCCUUCCCCCUAUGCCUUAGUUUCACCCUCACUGUGAAGGAAAUAUGAUAACACUAACCAGCUCUCUGGGACUUACCCAGCCACAUCACCUCAGGCGCAGUGCCCUCCCCUCCCCGCUCCCUUGUACUGUUGGGUAUCUGGUCCCCUCAAAAAUCAGUGUUUCCCACAGAUCAGUGUUUUCCUGGAAAACUCUUAUUGAAACCCAGGUCUGGGGGAGCAGGGAAUAAACAAUCCUGACUAGCCCACGGUGUGUGUGUCAGUGCUGGACCCACUGUGCUAGGGGGAGCUGUACAGCAGGGAGUGGGAGUAGGGGGCACUUUGCCCUUGCAGCCCUGAUCCCAGUGCCCAGGCAUGGUACUAGAGCAGGCUGUGCAGCAAGAAGCAGGAUGAGGGCGCAGGGAAACAUUCUACCCUUGCAAGCAUUGUUGACACCCUUACACAUGGUACUAGCAGUUCCCCUCAAUCCCAACCUGAAGCCACUAUGCAGUUAGUCCCAUUUGUAGAACCAUAGAUUAUAAAUCACAGAAGCAAAGACAUGUAGGGCCAGAAGAGACACCUAGACCAGCCUGCUGAUUUGAGGCAGGACUGAACACACCAGGGAUCAUUGGGAUAUCUGCUCUGACCUCCUGUAUGACACAGGCCAUAGGACUGCCCUGAAUUAAUUCCUGUGUCAGCUAGAGCAGAUACUUUGGAACAAAUCCAAUCUUGAUUUUAAAAUUGCCAGUGAUGAAGAAUCUGCCACAAUCCUUAGGACAUUGUUCCAUAGUUAAUUAUUAAAUUGUUAAAAAUGUGUCUGAAUUUGUUUAACUUCCUGCCAUUAGCUGGAGUUAGAUCUUUGUCUGAUGAGCCCUCUGUUAUCCAAGUGCCGUUCCCCAUGUAGGUACUUCUAGAGUGCGACCAAGUCAUGCGUUCUCUUUGUUAAACUAAAUAGAUCAGGCCUCUGGAGUCUCUCACUAUGAGGUCCUCUAAGCCUUUAAUUAUUCCCGUGCCUUUUCUUUCUGAGCCCUCCAAUUUAUCAGCAUCCCUCUUGCAUUGUGGCCACCAGAACUGAACACAGGAUUCCAGCAGCAUUCGCAUAAGUGCCAUGUACAGAGGUAACAGAAUGUGCCUUCUUCCAUUCAAGCUUCCUGUUUAUACAUCCUAGAUUUGCAUUUUGCCAUAUUAAAUUACAUAUUGUUUCAACCCAGUUUA